UUUCUUUUCAUUUGAAUUCCCUUUGGCUUUGGCCUCUCAGGAGCUCUAGCCUCGCCGCUGGAUUCCUGCGAUUCUAAACCCUAGUUUUUUGUCGUCAAAAGAUGGAGCAUUUCUUCUAGUAGGGUUCUUUUAAAAGACUGACCAAAAUUGCCUUUGUCAUCUCUUAAAACAACAGAAAACAAGGGAAGAGAAGCAGCAGCAGCAGGGGAAGAAUAUACACUAAGGUCAUAGUAAUGUCUCGGCAAGCACCUUCAACUGCUUUUCAUAAAUCCAAAACUCUCGACAACAAAUACAUGCUUGGAGAUGAAAUUGGAAAAGGUGCAUAUGGACGCGUCUACAAAGGUUUGGAUUUGGAGAAUGGAGACUUUGUUGCGAUUAAACAAGUAUCUUUGGAGAAUAUAGCACAGGAGGAUCUCAAUAUUAUAAUGCAAGAGAUUGAUUUAUUGAAGAAUUUGAACCAUAAAAACAUUGUGAAGUAUCUUGGAUCAUCGAAGACAAAAUCUCAUCUGCAUAUAAUUCUUGAAUAUGUGGAGAAUGGUUCUCUUGCUAACAUUAUCAAACCCAAUAAAUUUGGGCCUUUUCCAGAAUCCUUGGUGGCUGUUUAUAUUUCCCAGGUUUUGGAAGGCUUGGUUUACCUACAUGAACAAGGUGUCAUCCAUCGGGAUAUUAAGGGUGCAAAUAUUUUGACAACUAAAGAGGGUCUUGUAAAACUUGCUGAUUUUGGUGUUGCAACCAAACUAACUGAGGCUGAUAUUAACACGCACUCGGUUGUUGGAACACCAUAUUGGAUGGCCCCAGAGGUGAUUGAAAUGUCAGGGGUAUGCGCUGCUUCUGACAUUUGGAGUGUUGGCUGCACUGUAAUUGAACUCCUUACAUGUGUGCCUCCGUAUUAUGAUCUACAGCCUAUGCCAGCUCUCUAUCGGAUUGUGCAGGAUGAACAUCCACCAAUACCUGACAGCCUAUCUCCAGACAUUACCGACUUUCUGCGCCAAUGCUUUAAGAAGGAUGCCAGACAGAGGCCUGAUGCAAAAACACUGCUUUCUCACCCUUGGAUACGGAAUUGCAAACGUGCUUUGCGGUCGUCUCUGCGUCAUAGUGGAACCAUCAGAAACAUAUCUGAAGACAUUGCAGCAAAUGGAGAAAGCUCUAGUGGAGAUAAUCAGAGUGCUGGAGAGAGUCUUCCUAUGGAGGAAGUGGAGGCAUCAGAAACAGGUUCCAGGAAAGAGUUCUUAUCAGCAGAGGUCACUCAUCAGCUGGCUUGUUAUCAGGAUAGAGUUGAAGAAACUGCAAAUAAUUUAGACAAUGAUCUACUAUCAGAUCAAGUUCCAACCUUGGCAAUUCAUGAAAGCUUAUCAUUACACAGUAGUUCUGGUAGACUCUCUGUUAAGAAUGCGGUAGCUGCCAAUGGUUCUGCUCAGCUUCAUGAUAUAUCUCCUCAAGAUGGAGUUAUGAUGAAUUCUGAUAUUGGAUCUCCUGAAUCAAGAAGAAAUCAAACUGAAAAAGGACAUAGAGGCAAAGGAAGUUCAAUUGAUUUUGAGGACAUAUCAUUUGGCUUUGGACCUAUAACUCAGGAUGCUGGUCUGCAAAAGGUUGUGAAAGCUUCAGUGAUCUCUAAUGGAAAUGGGCUAAGUAGAUUUAGUGAUCCUCCUGGAGAUGCUUCCUUGGAUGACUUAUUUCAUCCAUUCGAUAAAAACCUGGCAGAAAGUGCAGCCGAAGCUUCAACAUCUGCAUCUACAUCUAAUGUGAGCAAAGCUACUAUGCCUGAUACUGGAAAGAAUGACCUAGCUAAGAAAUUAAGGGAUACAAUUGCUAAGAAACAAAUGGAAGAGGAAAUGGGGCGGUCUAAUGAAGGUGGUGACCUGCUUCGCUUAAUGAUGGGUGUUUUGAAGGAUGACGUAAUUGACAUUGAUGGUUUGGUUUUUGGAGAUGAGAAGCUACCCUCUGACAACCUAUUUCCCCUACAGGCUGUUGAAUUUAGUAGAUUAGUUGGCUCACUAAGACCAGAGGAAUCAGAGGAUGCAAUUGUGACUGCCUGCCAGAAACUCGUUGCGAUUUUCCACCAACGUCCUGAACAGAAAACUGUUUUUGUUACACAGCAUGGUUUGCUGCCUCUAAUGGACUUGCUUGAUGUCCCAAGAACUCGUGUUAUAUGUUCUGUGCUUCAACUUAUUAAUCAGAUUGUAAAAGACAACACUGAUUUCCAGGAGAAUGCUUGUCUCGUGGGAUUUAUCCCGUUUGUAAUGAGUUUUGCGGGGCCUGAUCGUCCUCGGGAAAUUCGGAUGGAAGCUGCUUGUUUCUUGCAGCAGCUUUGCCUAUCAAGUUCUCUGACUUUGCAGAUGUUCAUAGCUUGCCGUGGAAUCCCUGUUUUAGUUGGCUUUUUAGAGGCUGAUUAUGCAAAGUACAGGGAAAUGGUGCACCUAGCAAUUGAUGGCAUGUGGCAGGUCUUCAAGCUUCAGCGAUCAACCCCAAGGAAUGAUUUCUGUCAGAUAGCUGCUAAGAAUGGGAUAUUGCUGAGGCUUAUUAAUACUCUUUAUAGUUUAAAUGAGGCGACUCGACUUGCUACCAUAUCUGUUGGGGGUGGAUUUGCUGUAGAUUGUUCAGCUCAACGGCAACGUUCUGGUCCAUUAGAUUCCUCUCAUCCUUUGUUUGCUCAGACUGUAGCACAAGAACCUUCUCGGGCUUCAACUUCACUUUCUCAGAGGUCAGAUGCCAAUCUGCCGGAUUCACGUUAUCUUGCUAUUGACAGCGGCAGAGCUCAAUUUAGUAGUGGAGCGGUGGAUGUUUCAGUUGGUUCUAAAUUGGCAGAUCUGACACCCCUGGAAAAAGUUUCAAACAUUGCCACCAAAGAAGCUUCAACUGUUUCCAGAGAUCGAGAAAAUUCCGAUCGGUGGACACUUGAUCCUGGUAGAGCUGAGAUUGACCUCAGACAGCAGAGGAUAAGUACCUCUGCAGGCAGGACAUCUACAGAUAGACCUCCCAAAUUGAUAGAAAGUAUAUCAAAUGGAUUCCCCACUUCAGUUACUACCCAAGCACAGCAAGUUCAGCCUCUCCUUAGCCUAUUGGCGAAUGAACCUCCUUCUAGACAUAUUUCAGAUCAAUUGGAGUAUGUUCGUCACCUGCCAGGAUCAGAGAGACAUGAAAGCAUACUGCCUCUUCUACAUGCUAAUAAUGAUAGGAAAGCCAAUGGUGAAUUAGACUUCUUGAUGGCUGAAUUUGCAGAGGUCUCUGGCCAUGGAAGAGAAAACGGGGUUGUUGAUGCUACACCUAAAAUUCCGCAUAAAACAGUGAGUAAGAAAGUUGGGCAACUGGCUUUUACUGAAGGAGCAGCAUCCAGAUCUGGUAUAGCUUCUCAGACAGCAUCAGGUGUAUUAUCUGGCUCAGGUGUUUUAAAUGCUAGACCUGGAAGCACGACCUCAUCAGGGUUACUCUCCAACAUGGUAUCAACAAUGAAUGCGGAUGUUGCCAGGGAAUACCUGGAAAAGGUUGCAGAUCUACUUCUUGAGUUUGCUCAAGCAGAUACAAUUGUUAAGUCCUACAUGUGUAGCCAAAGCUUGCUCAACCGUCUUUUCCAAAUGUUCAAUCGCAUUGAACCACCUAUUCUUUUAAAGAUACUGAAGUGCAUUAAUCAUUUGUCCACUGAUCCAAACUGCUUAGAGAAUCUUCAACGAGCAGAUGCUAUUAAGUAUUUGAUCCCGAAUCUAGAACUCAAAGAUGGGCCUCUUGUUUCCCAAAUACAUCAUGAGGUCCUCAAUGCCCUGUUCAAUUUGUGCAAGAUAAAUAAGAGGAGACAGGAACAAGCAGCGGAAAAUGGAAUUAUUCCACACUUGAUGAAUUUUAUCAUGUCAGAUUCUCCUUUAAAGCAAAAUGCAUUGCCGCUACUGUGUGACAUGGCUCAUGCAUCACGUAAUUCGAGGGAGCAGUUGAGGGCCCAUGGUGGAUUGGAUGUGUACUUGAGUUUGCUUAAUGAUGAAGUAUGGUCUGUGACAGCAUUAGAUUCAAUUGCCGUUUGCUUGGCUCAUGACAACGACAACCGCAAGGUGGAACAAGCUUUGCUGAAGAAGGAUGCAGUUCAAAGAUUGGUGAAAUUUUUCCAGUCUUGUCCGGAUCAACACUUUGUCCACAUAUUGGAGCCGUUCUUGAAAAUUAUCACGAAAUCAUCUCGAAUAAACACGACAUUAGCUGUUAAUGGUUUGACACCCCUGCUAAUCUCAAGAUUGGAUCACCAGGAUGCUUUUGCUCGUCUUAUUUUACUCAAAUUAAUUAAGGCUGUUUACGAGCACCACCCGCGACCAAAACAAUUAAUAGUGGAGAACGAUUUACCGCAGAAGCUUCAGAAUCUAAUCGAAGAACGCAGAGAUGGGCAAGUGUUGGUGAAACAAAUGGCUACUUCGUUGCUCAAAGCCCUUCACGUGAACACCGUCCUGUAAGUUCAUGUGUUCUCCCCCCUGUAUGUAUAUUUCGAUCCGUUAGUAAGGCGUGAUUUCCCCUUCCCGAAUUUUCGUUCCCGUAGUUUCUCUAAUACAUCAAAAAUAUUAAUGAUGAUGGGGUGGAGGCAGAUGGAUAAUAUAGGAAAUGCCUUUGAUUUUAGUUGGCUCACUUAAAAGGUCUUGGGAGUGGAUUUUGUCUUUGUUGUCGAGACCUUUCCUUCUGUCUAGCUUUAAAUUACAAUGAUUUGGUUCCAGGCUUCCAGUUUUGUGUGUUUAAUUUGUAAAAUAUGAAGGCUUUUGAUAUGCAAAACAUGAAACGGUGAGUUUUGUCGCAA